UUGGCUGUAAAUCAGUGAGGAAAGCUUUGACUUGAAUGCGGCUGUAUUCAUGUCAAUAGGCAGUAGAGGUGAAUCAUCUGAAAUUGAGGAUUAAGAGUUUGGAAUUGUUUCACCACCAUCAACUGUUGCUCUAUUUCGGGAAUGCCAUGUGGAAAUCUCUUCCGGGGGACAUGGUCAUCCGCAGCCCGACUUGAUGACAAAACAGUGCUCAUAACUGGAGCCAACACUGGUAUUGGCAAAGAGACAGCGCUGGACCUGGCAAAGAGAGGGGCUAGAAUCAUCAUGGCCUGCAGAGACAUGGAGAAAGCUGAGGGAGCCCUGAAAGAAGUCAUACAAGGCUCUGGCAGCCAAAAUGUUGUCAUCAAGAAGCUUGAUUUGUCAAACACCAAGUCCAUCCGGGAGUUUGCAGAGACCAUCAACAAGGAAGAGACUAAACUCAAUAUCCUCAUCAACAAUGCUGGCGUCAUGGUGUGUCCGUACGGGAAAACAGCUGAUGGAUUUGAAAUGCAGAUUGGUGUCAACCACAUGGGUCACUUCCUGUUGACCCACUUAUUGAUUGACCUGAUCAAAAGGUCGACCCCGGCCAGGAUCAUCAAUGUAUCCUCUUUGGCUCACUUCUGGGGUACCAUCAACCUGGACGACAUCAACAGUGAGAAGGGCUAUGACAAGAAGAAAGCGUACAGCCAGAGCAAGCUAGCUAACGUCCUCUUCACCCGCUCCCUGGCCAAGAGGCUACAAGGUACGGCUGUGACCGCAUACUCCCUCCACCCUGGCGUCGUUCAGACUGAUCUGUGGCGGCACCUGAACGCACCUCAGGCAGCUAUCAUGAAGAUGAUCAGUCCCUUCACCAAGACAUCCGUCCAGGGAGCUCAGACCACUAUCUACUGUGCUGUGGCCCCUGAACUGGAAACAGAGAGUGGUGGAUGUUACAGGGACUGUGCACCAGCCAACUGCUCACGGUCUGCUUCAGAUGAUGUCACGGCUCAGAAACUAUGGGAGCUAAGCUGUCGGAUGCUUUCUGUAUCAUGGGAUUGAAUAGCUCAGAAAUACAGUGUAUGGUUUUCAUUGAGAUGUCAUUUGAUGAGAUGGAAGAUAUGGUUGUUAUUGAUUUUUAAAUACAGUACAUAUAGUCAUAAUGUGAUAUUGAUUUUUAAAUACAGUACAUAUAGUCAUCAUGUGAUAUUGAUUUUUAAAUACAGUACAUAUAGUCAUAAUGUGAUAUUGAUUUUUAAAUACAGUACAUAUAGUCAUCAUGUGAUAUUGAUUGUUAAAUACAGUACAUAUAGUCAUAAUGUGAUAUUGAUUUUUAAAUACAGUACAUAUAGUCAUAAUGUGAUAUUGCACAUCAAUAAUGAAUUACUCUAACAUUAAGGGUAUUAACAUUUCAUAUUGGAAUUCUACUGUUCUAUUUUCAACAACAACAAAAAUAUUCUAACGAAAAAACAUAAUCUGAUUGUUUUCUAUAAAACUUGCAACUACCAAGGGAUCUCUUCAGCGUGAUGUAAUUUCCCUA